AUGGCUACAAAACCAGGAGAUUCCAAUGAUUCUAAGUUAGGCUCACUCAAUUUCCAGGUGCCUUGGUUCCCCGUUCGCGAGCUUACAGGUUUCAAGCUUUUCAGAUUCGAGCUUGGUCAGCGCCUCAGCUGGUCUCUGCCCACCUGGCGCAUUAUAAACUUUAUCACCAACAAAAUCAACAACAACAGCAAGAAAUUCAUCAAGUGCGGACCGCACGUGCGCGUGCAAGAAGCGCUCACGAUGGAAUUUAUCGCGCGGACAACAACGAUCCCCGUCCCGCGCGUCCUCGACGUGUUCAGUAUCAAGGAAAACGUGUAUAUUGUCCAAGAGCGGAUAAAAGGCCCGAUUCUUGAGGAUGUAUGGUACCUUCUCUCACCAGAUGAACAGCGGAGCUGUAUGCUGCAGAUCAAAGACUGCUUUGAUCAACUGCGCUCGCUCACACCCGCGGCAGGCUCGGAUUCAGAGCGCGUACAAGCUGUCGACGGGUCAGGUCUGAUUGACUCCCGUGUUGGACAGGGUGUAUGGGGGCCAUUCGAAAACCACGAUGAAUUUCAUCGGCAUCUCAACCACCCCAUCCUCCGCGAGUUGCAUGAGAGGUAUCCCGCCCUCCAAGAGCCGCUAGCCAAAGUCGCUGGUAAGAAGUACCGGAGUGUCUUUUCGCAUGGUGAUUUUGGGCCGCAUAAUCUUAUAUGGGUGGACGGGAAGGGGAAGGGGAAAGGGAAAGGGAAGAUUGUGGUUAUCGAUUGGGAGAGGGCGGGGUGGUUCCCGGAGUAUUGGGAUUAUACGAGGGUGUAUGCUGCGCGUUGGUAUAUGAAAGAGUGGUGUGAUCUGUUUAGUGCGGUGGUGGAUCGCUACGAUGACGAGUUGGAAGUCCAGGACAGAAUUGAUGAAUACUUUGAAAGAUAA